AUGGCCCAGAGGGCAGGCCUGGGGCCUAGGCGGCUGAAGGCUGUGGCCAUUCUGCUUUUGCUUGGAUUAUUCCGGUCCGGGCUGGGAGCUGCCGGGGCUGGGGCUGAAGCCUCCUGCGGUGUGGUCUCCCAAGCACGCAUCACAGGUGGUAACAGUGCAAUCCCUGGCCAGUGGCCCUGGCAGGUCAGCAUCGUCUACGAUGGCAUUCACGUGUGUGGUGGUUCUCUCGUGUCUGAGCAGUGGGUGCUGUCGGCUGCUCACUGCUUUCCAAGGGAGCACCGCAAGGAAGACUAUGAGGUGAAGCUAGGGGCCCACCAGCUGGGCUCCUACACUCCUUCGGCUGAGGUCCGCACUGUGGCGCAGGUCAUUUCCCACACCAGCUACCACCACGAGGGCUCCCAGGGGGACAUCGCACUCCUCCGUCUCAGCAGCCCCAUCACCUUCUCCCGCUACAUCCGGCCCAUCUGCCUCCCUGCAGCCAACGCCUCCUUCCCCAAUGGCCUCCAAUGUACUGUCACUGGAUGGGGCCAUGUGGCCCCCUCAGUGAGCCUCCAGUCCCCCAGGCCACUACAGCAACUUGAGGUACCACUGAUCAGUCGUGAGACAUGUAACUGCUUAUACAACAUCAAUGCCAAGCCUAAUGAGCCCCACUCUAUCCAGCAGGACAUGGUGUGCGCUGGUUAUGUAGAGGGGGGCAAGGAUGCCUGCCAGGGUGACUCUGGGGGCCCACUCUCCUGCCCUGUUGGGGGCCUCUGGUACCUGGCAGGCAUUGUGAGCUGGGGUGAUGCCUGUGGGGCCCCCAACAGGCCUGGUGUGUACACUCUGACCUCCAGCUAUGCCUCCUGGAUUCACCACCACGUAGCAGAGCUCCAGCCUCGGGUGGUGCCCCAUAUCCAGGAGUCGCAGCCCGAUAUCAACCUCUGCAGCAAGCAUCUGGCCUUCAACUCCACCCCACGCCAGGGUGUGCUGGGGCUCAUCCUUUUGCUGCCACUAGCCCUGACCCUGGGCCUCCUCCACCCAUGGUGGGAGCACUGAGCUGCUCGCCCUGGGAGCUGACUGUUCCCA